AAUGAUCUGUUCGACUACUGCGCCGGUAAUACCGUAUGUAACCGCAGCGCAAUGGAUCAUCAAGCAUAGACAGGCUUAGAUAAGAUUAUUUUGAGUGUAUUAGAGUCUUAUUAAUUUGCAACAGCCCGUUGGAAAGUGGUUCGGUGAACGGCGAUUAAGAUGUCUGUCUCGUCUGGCUUCGACGAGAAUCCCUUCGGGGAGCCAACUAUCGACGAUGCGUUUUCGGAUCCUGCGAUUAGGAGAGCUCUAGCUUCCCCACCAGUUGACAGAAGUUUGGAAGAUUAUAAUCCUUUUGCAGAGCAAUUUACACAGGGAACUGCACAAGUUAGAGGUGCAGCAAAUCCUCCAAUUUAUGGAGGAAUUGGAGCCACACAGAACCCAGCGAUGCUUCAACCUUCAAAUCAGGAAGCUCCACCACCUACGUAUGCACGUACUCCUCAACAAACUGUAAAUGCAUCACUUGGAAGCACAAUGUCCCCUACAUCAGACCAAAGGUCAGAGCCAGAAUGGAAAGCAAGAACAGAAGAAGAUAUGAGAAAUACUCCUUAUUAUCCAAAGCGGAACAACUGGCCACCUUUGCCUGAUAAAUGCUGCUUCCAGCCUUGCUUUUAUCAAGAUAUAGAUGUUGAGGUACAUUCGGACUUUCAAAAGGUAGUCAGACAACUAUAUCGUUUGUGGAUGUUCCAUGGCUGUGUUUUGGUCUUGAAUGUUCUUGGUGGAUUUAUACUAGUUUUAUGUUAUGGACAAUUUUCAACAUUCGGUCUUGGAAUAUUAUUCCUCAUACUGUUUACACCAUUCUCUUUCUUGUGCUGGUUUAGACCCGCUUACAGGGCGUUCAAAAACGACAGCUCGUUCAAUUUUAUGGUGUUCUUUUUUGUCUUUUUCUUUCAAUUAAUUGUAACAACAAUUCAAGCCAUUGGCAUUCCCGGUUCUGGAACUUGUGGUAUAAUAACGGCUAUCUCGUCGUUCAACGGAACAACUAAAGGAACCUUUGUUGGCCUUAUACUACUCUUCAUAUCCUUAUGUUUCGUUCUUGCCGCCAGCGCUGAUCUCCUACUGUUGACUAAGAUUCAUCGUAUUUAUCGUUCGUCCGAUGCGAGUAUAUCGAAAGCACAACAAGAAUUCGCUACAACUUUCUUACGCAAUGAACACGUGCAGACUGCUGCAAGUAACGUUGCUGCUAAUGCUGUCCGCUCCCAGAUGGCUAACGCUGCUAAUCAACCACGUUAUUAAGCGUUUACGCCACACUACAGGAUUUAUUCUUCAGUGGCACUAUUUUAUGAUGUCGGCAUAAUGCGGUUCAUCAAUGAAAAGCAAGUCGGUUUGCUGAAAAUCAAAAUAACUUGAAUGGUUAUGUCCAUGAGUAUAGAGUUAAUUUCAACUGUUGAUCGAUAAGCGUUAAUUUAAUUAUGGAUUAGACAGAUAUUAUGAAUGUCCAUUAUCUACUCAAACGUCCUAUACAUUCCUUGCAUUGUGUAAUAUAUGGCCUUUCUUUAUUAAGUACUUGUUAUUUAGAUCCUUAAAGUAUUGUAUCACUUUGUAAAGUUUAAGGUAUAUACAUAUACAUGUAAAGGAUAUUUUAAAGUAUAACUUUUACCCGUGUUUAAUUAUUUAUUAAUUAUUGAUAAAUUAUUUGUAGACUACGAAAAAUUGGCUUAUAUCGUUGCUGUUACUUUAUUCUAAUCGUCUCGAUGAACUGGAAAAUUUAUGUCAAGUAAAUGUUCGGGAUAUGAAAAAAAAAAAGAUCGAAGACCUUGUUAUUUGUUGAGACUUAAAUCAAACAUAUUAUGUCCUCUAAAUAUAUUUUUACAUACAAGAUAAUGUUCAACUUGAUUCCAAUGAUUAUCAAACACCUUUAUUAUAUAACAGUGAAGAAUAGAGUAAUUCGUUUUGUAUAAACAGAAAGUUGUUUACAUUUUAUAAAUACGCUGGUAUAUUUGUACUUAUGUAAGCAGUAACAAAACAAGUGACAAAUAAAAUAUUUAGUUUACUCAUAAGAAAAA